GGCCGCGCCGCCAGCGCCCUGAGCCCGGCCCGCGCCCGGCCGAGGCGCAGCGCGGGGAUGCCCCGGGGGCCCGGAGCGCGGGCAGCGCCAGCCACGCGGUGAGAGCGGCGGGACCCGCGGCUCCUCUCCCCAAAGAAUAAAGAACAUCAGUCCUGUUCAAGGCUCCGUGCACUUGGCAGCAUGCUGUGUGGAUGAAUGGUUAAGGCUCCUGAUAAAUGGGUCUGCGCUGAUUGCCAGGAACUGCUGCCCCCACCACCGACCCCCAUGGCCUACAUCCCAGGUGGGGGUGCCCCUACCUUAGGGGCAGCCCGCAUGGGGUCCCAGUACUGUGUAUGCAAAGUGGAGCUGUCUGUGAGUGGCCAGAGCCUGCUGGACCGGGAUGUCACCUCCAAGUCUGACCCUUUCUGCGUCCUCUUUACAGAGAAUGAUGGCCGCUGGAUGGAGUAUGACAGGACAGAAACUGCAGUCAACAACCUCAACCCCGCUUUCUCCAAAAAGUUCAUCCUCGACUACCACUUUGAGGAGGUGCAGAAGCUCAAGUUUGCCCUGUUUGACCAGGACAAGUCCAGCAUGCAGCUGGAUGAGCAUGAUUUCCUGGGCCAGUUCUCCUGCAGCCUGGGCACGAUUGUCUCCAGCAAGAAGAUCACUCGACCUCUGCUGCUGAUGAAUGACAAGCCUGCAGGGAAGGGGCUGAUUACGAUAGCAGCCCAGGAGCUGUCAGACAACCGUGUCAUCACUCUGAGCCUGGCGGGCAGGAAGCUGGACAAGAAGGACCUCUUUGGCAAGUCAGACCCAUUUCUUGAAUUUUACAAGCCAGGGGAUGAUGGCAAAUGGAUGCUGGUGCACAGAACUGAGGUGAUCAAGUACACACUGGACCCCAUAUGGAGGCCGUUCACUGUGCCACUGGUGUCCCUGUGUGAUGGGGACAUGGAGAAGCCUAUCCAGGUCAUGUGCUAUGACUAUGACAAUGAUGGAGGCCAUGACUUCAUCGGAGAUUUCCAGACCUCUGUAUCCCGGAUGUGUGAGGCUCGAGACGGGGUCCCGCUGGAGUUCGAAUGCAUCAACCCCAAGAAACAGAAGAAGAAGAAAAAUUAUAAAAACUCGGGCAUCAUUAUCCUUCGUUCCUGCAAGAUAAACAGAGAGUAUUCCUUCCUGGACUAUAUCCUGGGUGGUUGCCAACUCAUGUUCACGGUUGGGAUAGAUUUCACAGCCUCCAAUGGGAAUCCCCUGGACCCCUCCUCUUUGCACUAUAUCAACCCUAUGGGCACCAACGAGUACCUGUCAGCCAUCUGGGCCGUUGGGCAGAUCAUUCAAGACUAUGACAGUGAUAAGAUGUUUCCAGCUCUGGGGUUCGGGGCCCAGUUGCCCCCAGACUGGAAGGUUUCCCAUGAAUUUGCCAUCAACUUCAACCCCACCAACCCCUUCUGCUCAGGUGUGGACGGCAUUGCUCAGGCAUACUCAGCCUGCCUGCCCCAUAUCCGCUUCUACGGUCCCACCAACUUCUCUCCCAUCGUCAACCAUGUGGCCAGGUUUGCGGCCCAGGCCACACAGCAGCAGACCGCCACGCAAUACUUCAUCCUCCUCAUCAUCACGGACGGCGUCAUCAGUGACAUGGAGGAGACGAGGCACGCCGUGGUGCAGGCUUCCAAGCUGCCCAUGUCCAUCAUCAUCGUGGGUGUGGGCAACGCUGACUUCGCCGCCAUGGAGUUCCUAGAUGGGGACAGCCGCACACUACGCUCCCACACGGGGGAGGAGGCUGCCCGCGACAUUGUGCAGUUUGUGCCCUUCCGGGAGUUCCGCAGUGCAGCAAAGGAGACCUUGGCCAAAGCUGUGCUGGCGGAGCUGCCCCAACAAGUUGUGCAGUAUUUCAAGCGUCAAAACCUGCCCCCCACCAACUCGGAGCCCGCCUGAGCGCCUGCCUAGCCCAGCAGCAGCAUGCCAGCUGGGCCCCCUGUCCUCCCCUCCUCCCCGAACAUGCACGCUCACCCUGCUUCCUUGUGGGUGGCUUUUUUUUUUUUAACUGAUCCACAAUUUUAUUUUUUACAACUGGACCUCCGCCCCCGACUUCCCCCAGCCCAGCUGGACUUCCUUUGUUGGACUCUUGUCGAUGGAUGAUGCUUCCAGGCCAAACUGACUUCCUCUCCUCUUCUCUCGUCCUUGCCACUCUUUUAAGUAUUGAAUGUACUUUGUAUAAUUUUAGUGAAAUUAUUAUUGUUAUUAAAGAGAAUAAAAUUUUUACAAUCACA